GGGAUGGGUAGGUAUUUCCCGAACCUACGAUAUAUUCGCUGCGGAUCACAUCCGAAGCAAAAUCCCUUUCCUACCGAAUGAAUUUCGUAGCGGAGAAUGUUUUUGUAAGAGCGCAAAUUGGAUCUAAUUGGAUCUGAACGGUAUCACCUAUUUCGAAAUAGUCAUCCACGUCAUCUCAACGAAAUUCUGGAUCCAGAUCUCAGAUUAUUCGCACUCCCACAUCUGAUAUGUGAUCGAUAAAUGCAAAUAAACAAAAUUCUUAUUGGCUUAUCCGUUCGUCGAAUAAAUUUCGAGACAUUGAUAACCCGUUCGGAAUCAAUUGAACGCGGGUCAUUACAGCGUCCCCGCGUUAUCAGCCGUUGAGCCGUUGAUCCGCGCGAUAAGAUUACGAUUGUCGAAUCCAAUAGGGACUCAAGUUUGAGAGGUACGUACGUGAUUUUUACAGAAGUCUCUCGAUAGUAUUGAAUUUUAUUUGCGUCAAUGAUUAUCCACCUCCAAAACAAUGUCGAAGGUGAGAGAACAGAUGUACGUCGCGUACUGUAUGCAUCGAUAUCGCGCGACCACCGUUAUCAAUCGUCGGCGAAAUCGCGUCUCGAACAAAAAAAAACAAAGUGGUCAUGGACGAAUAAUUGUGACGACGAUUCCGAAUCUCCCGUGGCGAUUGAAUUAUUUUUUUUUUUGUCGUUCUCUUCCUUUUCUCCCCCGAUUUCCAACGGGGUUGUACAAGUCGGGUUAAAAAUUGCUGAGAUUUAGUCGUUUCAGUCGGAAAAUUCAUAAUCGUAAGAAUAUCUUUAGUCGUCGAAGCGUUCAAUGCCCUUUUGAACUUCGAAAUUUUCUGUAUUCGUAACUUUCAUUUGAUGAACUUAUGAAAGGAAGGGGUGUACUGAUGAUGAGCUGUUACCGAUACAGUUGGAUCUUCUGUAGCCUGAAGCGCUGAGCUGUGAAAAAGGUUGACUUAGUUUUUUUUUUCCAAAAGGAAUGACCUUUCUUAAAAAUCAUCCUGUACAUUCGAGCAAUAUGGCUUGUGCUGGAAAUACAUUAUAAAUGAAAAUCAAACUCAGAUAUGAACGUUAAUCGCUGUACACAGGAAUCAACCGCAGAUAUCAAUCUUAUCGAAACGGAAAGGGAAGUUUUCAUUGAAUUUAUCAAAAUAUAAUUACAUUAUUAUUUACUCCUUUAAUUAGACCGUUAUUAUUUACUCCGUUUCGCGUUACCGAAAUCGAGGAACGAUGUGCCCCUCGCGGGGCGCGGGUUCAGUUUUGCCUAGCAUUAUUAAAUUAUAAGAAUUUUAAUUAGAGACCUGCAGUUUUCCCACCUCGCUCUUUGCCCCCUUUUUACACCAUUUCGCCGAGGAAGAGAAAACCCUUUCGACUUUUCCUUUUAAAAGUUAGCGCCACCUGGCCGAACACGGCAUAGCGUCUUCUUAUUUAUCGGGCAAGGAGACCAUUCGCGACACGCGGUGUUCUUCGCCUCGUCCGAACCUCGGCUGCAACCACCUAACACUGUGUACGUAUCGCUGAAACUUUUUCGAGAUUGUAUUUCGGUGAGGUACCAUUGAAAGAAUAACGACGACGGUGAUCAGAAAAUAAUAAAACUCCGAUACAGUUCACCUGGAUUUUUUCAUUCUUUGGAAACAUAUUGGUUUUCAACCACACCACCCCCCUUCGAAGAAGGUCACCUAAUUUUGUAUUAAAUCAGGCAAAUUAUAAAUCCAAAGCUAUGCCGAAACUCUAGAUUACAGACCUAAUCAGAUUUCUUAUGCUAAUCUCAUCGCGAUAGAUUAACACAUCGACUUCAAUCAAUCAGUCGUUGUUAUCGGUCUUACUGAUAGCUGUAGUUCUUCUUUUCUCGUUUUCCUUUUUCAAUCUCCGGUGAUUGAUUUUGUCGUCGAGAAUCAUUGAGGUGUGCGGUUGAAUUUUUCAUAGCUUUCUCGAAUACGUGGUGCAUCGGGAUUAAUUUUUCAUUGAAAGUGAUGGGAAAUUUCACUGAGAAGCUAACGCGACAGAGAUUGCGAUUAUCUCGAUCGAUAUUAAUGUAAUUGCUAUGAUGCAAAUCUGGUGAAACGUUACCAACGAUUUUUUUAUCCUUGUCUCGAUGAUUUAAUUAGAUCUGAUGAUCUCCGUAAUCUCAAAUUGUGUAAGAAAUUACGUGUCGAUAUGAUUUGUUUUUUUUUUUUUUUUUUUUUUCUCCAUCGGAUGACUUUUAACCACGCCUCAAAGUUUUUAUCAACUUACCGGAGUUUGAAUCGCUGAAAAAUAACUUCGCAGAUCGUUCUGGAACUGAUCCACUUACCGCACGUUAAUACCAUGUCUCGAAUUUUCGCGUUAAAAAAUUUGAUCGUCGGUCGAAAGUUGCCUCGAUCAUCUUAGAAAAGCUGGACCCAUUCUAGACCUACUCUGAUCAAAAACAGGACAACUUUGGACGGGUCGAAAUUUGAAGAAAAAAUAGGCAUCGACUACCGGUUUUUUGAGAAAUUUAUUACAAAGAUUUUAUCGAAUCUAUUCAUGACCUUGUUGUGCUCAUGAUACGAUAAAAGGAGCUUAUUCUUUCGAUGAUUCGAUCAAUGUUCAAAUCAAUCGUUUUAUCAUUUGUCGUCAAUCUGUCUGAAGCGAUUUAAAUUUACCCACAAUAAAACGCGGACCGACGGACUUCAAAAUUCUGCCCAACGUCGUUCGAAUUUCUAUUCUUUUGCCUCCGGUUCGAUCGAAAGAAAAUUUUAAUUCACGUUACGCCAAGUGAGAUUGAUUACAUAACGAAUUAUUUGGAAAUAAAAGAUCAAUGAAUUUUUUCACAAAAUGGCAAUUUUUAUAUUUCCUUUUUUUUCGUUUUCACUAUAGUUGGAAACGAUCGAUCUGACUGCGAAUAUUUUCACUCGAAAUUGAAGUACGAUGAUGUAAAAAAUUUAUUCACGAGCUUAAUUUUUGCCGAAUGCAAACGUGCUGUAUGUCCAUGGGAAUUUAUUUUCUGAACUGUGGUUGUGUACCGUACGUGUUAACGACUUUUUUCCGUUUCCUUAACGACAGCUUUUCCUAUUUCGGUAGUAUAAUACAUGCUAUUUGAGAAAAAAAAAAUAGUGAAAAGAAAAAAUAGAAACAAAGUAAAAAAAACGCAGGAAUACUAAUGACUGCUUUGCAUGCAACGGCAGAGUUUAUGAACGAGCUUUUGCAACUACCGAACAAGAAGCCUUAAGAUCCGCGCAUCAAGGUACUUCCUUGAGUAACAACGAACAUUAUAUCGAAACUUGGAUGGAAUGAAAAAAAAUAGAAUAACGAGAAAAAUAGAAAAAUCAAAUAUUUCGCACUUACGAAAGGUACGUACCCUACUUCGGUACGAAUCGACCGAUGCGAAGGUUUUUCGAGAAAAGCCUUAAACAUUCGCGUCGCACGAGCAUUAUACGUUGAAUCGACCGACGAUAAAAUCUUCUGAAUCUGAAAUCGUUUUUUAUCAUCCGAUCAGAUCACCUCAUUUUCCUUAAUCAAAUUGAUAUACGAUAAUCCCUGCAGCUGCAACUGUUUCACUUUGAUAUUCGAUAACACCUCGCCAAUUGAUCUUGAAGUAAUUUUUUUCUUCGUUUCUCGUGCGCUUUACGGCGUCGAUGAUGUUUCGAAACGAAUCUGAAAACACCGUUUUUUUUAUCUCGAGAUAAAAUACGUGCGCACGGUAGGCAACUUCACGACACUAUUUUCGAAAUGUCAAAAGUUAAAUUUUUCGCACACCGAUACCCAAUACUCGGGACAAAUUGAAAAAUCCAUCGUUUCGAAAAUGAAUUCUGAAAUCCGAAUAUCCCCUCGGCCUCUGGAACGAUACGGAAAGUAAAAGAUAGGAAAAAAAAUGCUCGAAAUCCGAAAAAACCUCACCCAUUAAGGAUAAAUACUAUCAGCCAUUUACCAUGGACAAGAAGAAAUGUACAGUGAGAAAUUCGACGACCGUUGGCAUCUGCUGAUUGCUUUUAGCCUGAUCAAAUGAACGGGGUUUUUUUAAUAUUGGGUAUGGCUGCGGCCUCUAUAGUAAUUGCGGGGGUCGUGGUGUUGAAGAUAACUUCUUUGUACGAGCAGCUGGAUGUGAGCGAAAUUUCGGAUUCGCACAAUCGGGAUAGAAAUUCUUUGGACGAGGACCUGAGGGAUAUACUCGGUUUCGUUCCCCUCGACGAGGUAUCGGCGAUCUUUCGUUCGUACGUGAUUAACGACAAGCAGAUCGGUCGGGAUACGAUCGGUUACUUGAACGACAAUUUCCGAUACAUAGCCGAGGAAUUCGACAAAAUGCCGGAAUUUCAUCUGUUGUUGGGUAUGUUGAGAAAUCUCGGACUAAGCACGGAAUACUGGUACGAAAAACUCGAAACGAUAGGGGGCGAAAUCCCGAAACACGAAAAAGAUAAUCCAGCGAGAACUGACCGGGGAUUUUCCGGCAUGAUCGAGGAAAUCAGACGUAUCUUACCGAGCGAAGAACUCCACGAACUUCUAACGCAGAAAUUCAUACAUUCGCCCACCUUCCGCUCGUUCGUCGUUAUUCUUCAAUCGCCCAUAUUCGAAGCAUUCCGCGACGCUGUUCAACGAAAUCAAGUUCUUCAACGACAUUAUUUUUGGGCAAACGACGACGGUGUAGAAGUCUGUUUUGCGACGGAAUUGUUGAAUAAUUUGAUCGCCUACUUGGUUCACGAAUUGUAAUUGAAUUUUUCUAGAAAAAUCAGCAAUAAAGUAGGAGUAAGCAUCGG